CGAGCCGGUCACUAGCCUCCAUAUCACCGUGCACCCGUGCCAGCGCUCGAGCCCCGGCGACAUAGCGCGCGCUCGCAAUUUUGCUUGUCUUCACGGACCUAAACGAGAUUUUCUUGCUUUAAUUUUCACAGAUAAUUAAACUGAAGACGAGAGGAGUUUUUUUUGCAGCAGCAGCAGCAGCGGGACAGGCUCAGCGACACCGGGGCACAGAGCGGGGAUAAAAGCCUAUUAUAACCCAGGACACCGGACAUUAUUUCGGCACGAGAGGACGGUACUUUGGAUUACUUUGACAUACAGUUUGUGACUGGAAUGCACCACAAACAUAACUACAAUAUUUUAUCUUCUGGUUCUCAGCAUGUCGCUUCCCUUCAGUGGAUAAUACAAGCCUGACAUUACGCUGAGCGGAUGCGUGCACUUUCAUUGCGCUUUGUGCAGAUUACAGCGACGGGAAAAAGCAGUAACCUGUAGCAGAAUAAAAGAGUAGAAAUAUUUAAGGAAGCAUUCAUUUAAUUUAGAAACAACCCCCAACUUAUUUAUCGUUGUCUUGGACCGAGAUCUGCGCCUUUUUCAACUCAGAGAAAACCUGUGACGCCCGGAUCUGGAUCAGGAUGCGUCGCAGCUGAAACCACGAGUCCGGGACUUUGGUGUUGAAAUCAGAUCGGACGGACCUCGACCUCCCUCCGGGACCAGGGCAGGAAUCGAAUCAUGAUGAUUCCUGGCGGUGCGACGAUGAUCCUGUUCCCGGUGUUAUGCCUGCUUACGGGAGCCUCCUGGGCAGCGACCCUGGGCGGACUGGGAGACACCGUUCUCGGUCCAGAUAAGUUCAGGGGCAUGGCCAACUUCAGCACCUUCCUCCUGGACCGUUCAUCGGGCAUGUUGUUCCUGGGUGGCAGGGAUGCUAUACUGGCUGUGGACACCAACAAACUGAACCAACCACCACGGACGAUUGUUUGGGAUGUGCCGGAGGAGAAGAGGAGGUCUUGUGUGGCAAAGGGAAAGACAGAGGUCGACUGCAACAACUACAUCCGUCUGCUGGAGUUUCUGGGAGAUGGACGCAUCUAUGUGUGUGGCACCUACGCCUUCGACCCGCAGUGUGCCUUCCUGGAGCUCCCCUCCUUCACCCUGGAGAGAGCCGAGGAUGGAGGGGUGAAGAUGGAGACGGGGAAGGGCAAGUGUCCCUUUGAGCCCAGUCAGCACUACACAGCUGUUAUGGCAGGUGGUACCCUAUACACAGCAGCCACCAGUAACUUCCUGGGAACGCUGUUCGACAUCUCCCGGGCAACGGGCCCCGAGCAGGAGCGCAUCCGAACUGAACGAUCCAUCAACUGGCUGAGUGACCCAGAGUUUGUGAGCUCAGCCUUCAUAGAGCAGUCGGCAGACAGCAACCCGACAGGAGACGAUGACAAAAUCUACUUCUUCUUCACUGAGGUGGCCAAAGAGUAUGACCUCUACACCAAAGUCAAAGUGCCCAGGGUGGCACGAGUCUGCAAGUCUGACGUGGGUGGGAUGAAGACUCUGCAGCGACGUUGGACCACCUUCCUCAAGGCUGAGCUGGUGUGUGAGGACAAACCCAGCGGUCAGCGCUACAACAUCCUAACUGAUGUUUUCACCACGCAACACACACCAGGCGACCCCAGCAGCACACACUUCUACGGACUGUUCACGUCACAGUGGGAGCGUGAGGAAUUAUCAGCAGUGUGUGUUUUCAGCCUGUCCGACAUUAGCAAAGUGAUGGACGGCCCCUUUAAAGAGCUGAAGAAGACCUGCGAGAACUGGAUCAACCCUGAACCUGUCCCCACACCAAGGCCUGGCCAGUGUUUGAACAAUGCUUUGAAGGCUGAGGGGUUUGAGUCCUCCCUGAAACUUCCCGACAAAGUGUUGACAUUUGUGAGGGACCACCCCCUGAUGGAGAACAGUGUUACUGCAGCGCCCCUGCUGGUCCGGAAGGGAAUCACAUACACCAAGCUGGCCGUAACGCAGACGGGCAGCGGAGAGCAGUUGAGAGGAGCAGUGCUGCACCUUGGAACAGAUCGUGGGGAGCUCCACCGGGUGGCAGUAGUGGGCCAGAAUGCCACCUUACUGCACGAGAUUCCUCUGUUCACCUCACAGGAGCCUGUCAACAACAUAUUGCUGCACCAGGGCCGCGCUCUGGUGGGCAGCCCUCUGUCUCUGGCUCGUGUCCAGGCCGAAGGCUGCGCUCCAUAUCUCAGCUGUGAGGUGUGUGCCAGAGCCAGAGGCCUGGGCUGUGUGUGGAGCACAACGGAAGAAGCCUGCAGGCCCACAACAGCAGAGCCUGGUCCAGGUGAUAUGGUCGAUGAUGCCUUGAGAAAGUGUGAUAAAGAAGAUGGGCGUUGCAGCCCGUCCAUCAGGGAGCUGAGAGUUUCUAUGGGUCUGCGCCUCCUGUUGCCAUGCGUCCAGCUGUCUCCCAGGCCCUGUAGCUGGGAGCAUCCUCCCCACAGAUACACCAGGCAGCACCACUCUGACCUGGAGGUGACUGUCACAGAGGAAAGCCUGGGAAAAUACAUCUGCACAUGCCAGGAGGCAGGACCAGGUAUCAGAGACCCCACCCCCUGCCGCAGAGCAUCCUAUCAGCUGACGCUAGAAGGCCCCAGUGCUGGAGGAGCAGUGGCGGCAGCAGGGGGUCGUCACGUCCUGGCCAUCUACAUCCUGUUCUUCUGUGGGGGUACAGUGUUUGGUAUAUUUCUCAUCUACUUCAUGACCCGUCGGCGCAGCAUUGGCCGCCAGGGCCACCACCUGCCAGAUAAUUCGCUGUCGUCAGAGAAGGGGCGGGACUUGCUGGGCUCCUCGGCCACGCCCCAGUCUCCGAGCAGCGCCAGCCUGCUGUCCGAGGGAUUCAGACUGACAGAAAAACGGAACGGGACGGCGACCACAACCACGUCUACAACGCUCCUCAGCAACCAGGGUAAUGGGGGUCACCAUGGCAACAGCUACAGUGGCACCCUGAUCCACAGCAACCCCAGCAAUGGCCAUGGGAACUCCCUGUAUACCAACUGCAACACAAGUAGCAGCGGGCUGAAGUUUGCCUCUGAAAUUUUAGCUGCAGACAUGCUGGAUGGAAGGACGGGGGAGAGGGAGAGCGGGAGGCCAAAGGGGGUGGAGAGGGAUUCAGGGGAGGGGGACGAGGUGGAUGAGGGGCUGGGGGACGGGGUAGGGGAAGGGAUGAAAGGACUGGAGGAGGAGUUGGCCAGCUUUCCCAUGUUUAAAGCACCAGCACCACUGGCUCAGUGUGAAGAAAGUUCGAUAUGAAAAACAUACUAUUGAUUGCACCAUUUUUGUAUUCUCCAAAUAAACUGAAUACUACUGGCAGACAUGCAAAACGGCUACUGCCAAAUGCCUUUGAAGGGGAGCAGUGGCAUGAAGAGAGACUACAGAGCUAUUUGAGAAAUAUAUGAUAAGUUUAUGUCUGAGCAUGUGAGCGAGACGCGUGGACAGACAGAAAACAUGUUCCAGUGUUGUAAGUCACUCAGGACGAGAACCACAGCGAGAUAAAUAUGUCAGAUUGUAAAUAGAAAAUGUAAAUAUAAGCAGUCUGAAUUUGACUGUGUACACGGAGCUGAGCGUGAUGUCACGCAUUUUAAAUGUUACAAAGAAUCAAAGAUGAAAUGUCUACAUGUGUAGGCACGGAAAAGCCAUAUUGUCUUUCUCCUUAACUUCUGUUGUUGUUUGCUCUCUCGUUCUCUUCUCCUGAUGGCACUGCGAAAGAAAAGUGCACUUUGAGUGUCUCAGCACCUCUUUCUCUCUCUGUUUCUAUUAUACACCACUCACAUCCCAGACCCUGAUGGGUCCAAAGGCACCAAAGGACUCCUGAGCCAUAGACUGAACCGAGUCAGACUGUACCAGUCCUGUCAGAGACUAAAGAACCGUGAACUCACGGCGGAGCCCUCAGAGGGGUUCCAGCAACGGCGACGGGGCUGUUCCUGCCCACGCUGCAGCAGAGGUCGAGGGGAUGAUAGGCUGGAAGGUCACCUGUCAGAUCUGUGUCGGCGCAGAAAGCUCAAGACGCACAGCAGAUUGAAGUAACUGACGGCUACCCAGGUGUGCCACAGUUCAGUCAGUUACUGAGACAGGAGGCAAAUGAUUUUCACAAGAACGUGAAACUGUGGACCUUGCCAGACACAGAGCCACUGUCACCUUGUUUUGUGAGUGUGGAUUUCCACAUAACAGUGUAUUGUUUUGUCAUGUUGUUUUGUAAUAAAGCCUAAAAGCGUUGCUGUUAA